AUGGUUGUAGAUGGAAAUGUCUUCAUGUUUGAGGUUUAUCAUUUAUCUUGGUCUUUUUUUCCUGUGCCAGGUGGUGUCACUAUAUUUGUGGCCUUAUAUGAUUAUGAAGCUAGAACUACAGAAGACCUUUCCUUUAAGAAGGGUGAAAGAUUUCAAAUAAUUAACAAUACGGAAGGAGACUGGUGGGAAGCAAGAUCAAUUGCUACCGGAAAGAAUGGUUAUAUCCCUAGCAAUUAUGUAGCACCUGCAGAUUCCAUUCAGGCAGAAGAAUGGUAUUUUGGCAAAAUGGGGAGAAAAGAUGCUGAAAGAUUACUUCUGAAUCCUGGGAAUCAGCGAGGUAUAUUCUUAGUAAGAGAAAGUGAAACCACUAAAGGUGCUUAUUCCCUCUCAAUUCGUGAUUGGGAUGAGGUAAGGGGUGACAAUGUGAAGCAUUAUAAAAUUAGGAAACUUGACAAUGGUGGAUACUACAUCACGACCAGAGCUCAGUUUGAUACUCUGCAGAAACUGGUGAAGCAUUACACAGGUAGGUGAGCACUUCAGAGAUGGAAUGGAACCACAAAAGUAGCAAUCAAAACACUAAAGCCAGGUACAAUGAUGCCAGAAUCUUUCCUUCAAGAAGCUCAGAUAAUGAAGAAAUUAAGACAUGAUAAACUUGUUCCGCUGUAUGCAGUUGUUUCUGAAGAGCCAAUUUAUAUUGUCACUGAGUUUAUGUCAAAAGGGAGCUUGUUAGAUUUCCUUAAAGAAGGAGAUGGAAAAUAUUUGAAGCUUCCACAGCUGGUCGAUAUGGCUGCUCAGAUUGCUGAUGGUAUGGCGUAUAUUGAAAGAAUGAACUACAUUCACCGAGAUCUCCGAGCUGCUAAUAUUCUUGUAGGAGAAAAUCUUGUAUGCAAAAUAGCAGAUUUUGGCUUAGCAAGAUUAAUUGAAGACAAUGAAUACACAGCAAGACAAGGUGCAAAAUUUCCAAUCAAGUGGACAGCUCCUGAGGCUGCACUGUAUGGUCGGUUUACAAUAAAGUCUGAUGUGUGGUCAUUUGGAAUUCUACAGACAGAGCUGGUGACCAAGGGGAGAGUGCCAUAUCCAGGUAUGGUAAACCGAGAAGUUCUGGAACAAGUGGAGCGAGGGUACAGGAUGCCUUGCCCUCAGGGCUGUCCAGAAUCCCUCCAUGAUUUGAUGAAUCAAUGUUGGAAGAAGGACCCUGAUGAGAGACCAACAUUUGAAUAUAUUCAGUCCUUCUUGGAAGACUACUUCACUGCUACAGAGCCACAGUACCAACCAGGAGAAAAUUUAUAAUCCAAGUAGCUGUGUGCACAGAUCUGCCAAAACACUUGUGUGAGUUCCUCAUGCACAGGAAUGAGAAGAUACUCUUCACUCUGCAUGUUUCUUGUGGUAAACUGGAAUUCCAGAUAUGGUUGCACAAAACCACUUUUCCCCCCAAGUGUUCAACUCUAAAGUACCAAUGACACAUCUUACAACUUACUUCAGGGUCCAAAGAAAGCUAAGCUAUUGUGACUGUGGGUGAUAGCAUCGUAAGAAAGAGCAACAAGACUACUGUUUACUGGUCACUUUCUUUUCUUCCCAAAACUCAGAAUUGCUAAAAGAAAACUAUUUAUUGAUAUGGACGAAACUUGGGCUGUUAUACCGCUGUAAAAUCUAAAAUCAAAGAACUUCAUGAGACCAAAUAAUUCCAUUCCAGUUUUUAAAAAUCUUGCAUUUUUUUUCCUUAGAAGUUAGGUUUUUGUUUUGUUUUGUUUUUCUAUUUAACAGUUGGCAUGUAGUCUUAACACAGAUCUCCUUUUGGGUGGAACGGGCCAAGUCUUCCAAAAGCAAAAAAAUGGAUUAUAAACAGCAUCAAAAACUUGAUUAAGUGUUAGAUCACAGCCAUGGAAUUUGGAAGCAUAAUACACUGUGUUCACAUUUACUUCAUAGAACUGGAAAGUAGAAAAACAGUUGUUUUUUUACUUCAGUCAUUUCUUGAAUUGUUCAGCUUAGAAUAAUAAGAUAACCAGAAAGUGAGUUAAUCUCUUAUAAGGUUGUAUUGAUUUUUUAAAGGCAAUGUACAAUUGAAAUUAUACUAUCCAGUCCAAGGGAAAAAUCUUUUAAUAUUUGCAUAGCAUGAAAAAUAAAAACCCAGCAUUUAAGCAGUCCAUUUUUAAGAAAUAGAUGGUGUACUAUGAGGUGUUGCUAGUAUGUUUUUAUGGUGAUGGGCUCCACAAUAGAAAACAUCACUAGAUCAGGGACUUGAAUGCACUUUGCUUGUAUUGAGUAUAGAAUAGGAGAGAGGAAAAUGUAUUUAAAUAAAUAUGAGAGAAGAAAAUGGGAAAGUUUUACAGGUAUUGGGAUAGGAUGGAAUGUUGAAUGUUGGUGUUGUGGAGUGACAACGUGGCUUUUCUGGCACUCAGAGCUCCUCAUUAGCUACUUUUAGACUUUAAAAGUUGUAAAGUAUGACUGUAAAACUCAUUUUCUUAACAUAUACACUAAAUCAGUUCUACAUCCUCAAAAUAGUGAAGAUAAGGCUUAACACUAAUUUCAGUGGCCCAUUUUUAUACAGAACCUUUUUAGAACUCCAAUUUUCAAAUCUCUGAAAUUUCACUUACAUUUCAGAUAUACUUGAUGAUUAUCGUAUUUUCCUUUCAUAAUAUAAUUAAUUUGAGGGAGAAUACUUACUCUAAGUAACAGUAAUUUAAAGAGGGAAAUUUUUGCCCACUCAAAGUGCAGAAGUAGAACAUUCAUUUUGAGAGCUUUUCUAACUCAGAAAUUAUGAAAUAUUAAUUUGAAUUGAGUAGUGUUAAUGGUUUAAGGGUGUAGCAAGGGAAAAACUGCUAAAUAAAAGUCUAAUAUUUAUGUUUUUAAAUGCUGUAUUUUAUAGUUACACUUUAAAACGUUAUAUCAAGUUGUCUUAUUUUCAGCAUAUAAUUUUAAACUACCAUCAUUUUAAUCAAGAAAUUUAAAGAUCUGUGCCAUGGUAAAGUAUGUUCAAAUUUAAACCUUUUUAAAUGUGACAAGUGAACUUCAUGCAAGUUGGCAAAAGUUCUGGUACUAAAAGUUGUGUUUGUUUUCUUUUUAAUUAACCUAUUCAGUACUGAAUCCUCUGCCAAGAGGGUCUCCUGAUAAGAAUGUCGUCCUUAUUUGUCCUGAUGUCUACAGUUUGUGACAUGAGUGUUUUAAAGGGCUUCAUGUGAACUAUGGUAUUGUAGUUUUUCUAAGGAUUCUUUAAAGAGUAAUAAAAUUACGUUUAUGUACUAAUUCUGAUCAGAAAAAUAAGGCAGGAAAAGUUGGUGGAAUUCUUUAGAUUUUCAAUAAACUGGAUGAAGCAGUUCUUAUACUAACACUUGUAUAGUAAGGACACAACACUAACUUAAUGUGUAUUCAGUUUAAAUUGUUAUGUAUUUUUGAAUUGUCAAGAAAAACAGUUUUGUACAUUUGAAGAUUUUUUUUUUCCAACAGUUUUCAUCCUUAUUGUCUUAACUUGGAACUUUAACCCUUACCAAAAAAGGAAAGUUGGCAAAAGAAGCCUUCUAGCACACUUUUUUAAAAUAAAUAAUGGUAACCUAAAACUUAAUAUUUUUAUAAAAUGUUGAAAUAUUGUUUUGUGGAUAAUUAAAAUAAAAUUCUUUGUUGAAUGCA